GAGUAAGGAACCUGCUACGGAGGAUGAGAAGUGGCUCCUUGUCCCAGGAAAGAUAGAGAAUUUCACAUACACGGGGAAGAAUGUCCGCGUGCCAGGGAGUCUGAUUGGAGCUGCUAUUAGGAAGUACUGGCCGGGGAUGUACACUCCGGUCCUUGGGGGCGAGUCCAAGCUAGCCUACACUUGGGAAGACUUUGAGAUAGCGCCUUACCCUGGCUUUACUUCCGCCGCCGACGCCGUGAUCAAGAAGUUUUGGCGCAAUUAUAGGGUGGCGACUGAGCAUAAGGAGAGGGCGGACGUGGUGCUCCGUAACAUGUGUCGGAAGUUGACACGGCAGCAGUGGUACAACCAGAGGAUCACGUGCAUCGGCCACUUCUAUGCUGAGCAGGGCGUAAGGUACACAAAGCCUGAGAUUGUGCAGGGACUCGCCCCGGCUAUGACGAUAGAGGACUUCAUGUCGGUUGUACCACAUUGGGCUGAUAAUAAUAAGAGGGCCGCCUUCAUGGAGUUGGUCAAGAAUUGGGUCGGCGAAAACCCGAUUUCAAGGCCGUGA